UCCAGAGCGGAGCUUGGCGAGCGGCUGCUCGGCAGCUCGACCCUCCUUGCAGCCCUAGGCUGCCCACAAUGGCAUCCUACAGCACCUCGCACCGACCCAUCAAGGGGAUCCUGAAAAAUAAAGGUUCGGCGACCACCUCCGUGGGAGUUUCUGGCCAGCAGUCUGGAGGAGCAACCCAAGUGAUCAAGAGAAAGAAGUCUCAGAGGUGGGAUGAAUCCAACAUCCUUGCGACCCACUGCUUAUCAUACAGGGAUUAUGAUUUGGUGAAAGCAAGUGAACCAGGCACUCACUUCGUUGGUGUACAAGAUACUGCGAGAGAUUUUGAAGGCAAAGAAAUUGUGACCCCGGAUACGCUAGCUAAGAAGUUAGCUGACAUGGACACUUUCGGAAACAAAGGAUCAAUAGAAGAUAUGGAGACCGGCAAAGCACCUACCAACCGGCUCCUUCUCAACAAACAAGAACGGCGGCGACAAUUUGAACUGAAGAGAAAACUUUACUACAGUGAAGGACUAAACAUCAAGCUUGCUCGCAUGUUACUCUCUCAAGACCUACAGGAUGAAGUGGAUGAAGAUGAGAACCAAGGCCCUAAAGAAAACAGCACUAGUGAAGUUCCUGCAGGUGAAGAUGAUAUGAAUACCGAGUAGUGCAACUUUUAAAGGCAGACCCAGUAG